UGGGCGGAGAGGGAGGAAAACUUCCUGGCUGGGACUCUGGCGGUGUCUGCCUGCCAGCCCUCCGAUCCCGCCUACCAGUGUUGGCUCUUCCCGACCCCUCCCCCGGCGCCCCCAGUGUCCGCCAUGGCCAAAGCCUACGACCACCUCUUCAAGUUGCUGCUGAUCGGGGACUCGGGGGUGGGCAAGACUUGUCUGAUCAUUCGCUUUGCAGAGGACAACUUCAACAGCACUUACAUCUCCACCAUCGGAAUUGAUUUCAAGAUCCGGACUGUGGAAAUAGAGGGGAAGAGGAUCAAACUGCAAGUCUGGGACACGGCUGGCCAGGAACGAUUCAAGACAAUAACUACUGCCUAUUACCGUGGAGCCAUGGGCAUCAUCCUCGUAUAUGACAUCACCGAUGAGAAAUCCUUUGAGAAUAUUCAAAACUGGAUGAAAAGCAUCAAAGAGAAUGCCUCUGCCGGAGUGGAGCGCCUCCUGCUGGGGAACAAGUGUGACAUGGAGGCUAAGAGGAAAGUGCAGAAAGAGCAGGCCAAUAAGUUGGCUCAAGAGCACGGAAUCAGAUUCUUUGAGACCAGUGCCAAAUCCAGUGUGAAUGUGGAUGAGGCUUUCAAUUCCCUGGCCCGUGACAUCUUGCUCAAGUCAGGAGGUCGGAGACCGGGGAACAACAGCAAGCCCUCAAGCACUGACCUGAAAUCAUCUGACAAGAAGAACACCAACAAGUGCUCCCUGGGCUGACAGAUGCUGCUUCCUCCUCACCCUGAACCUGGAGGCUAGACCUGAGGGAGGUGGGCUGAGGGGCUGCACAAGAGAGAAACUGGUGGGACCUAGAGGGAUAGAUGAGCUGGUGAUAAGGAGGAUGAGGAGGAAGGACAGAAAGAAAGGGGCAGGGAAAGGAGAGGAAGGAAUCGAGGAUGUGAAAGGUGAAAGGUUUGAGAAGAGGAAAGGAAGAAUAAUGGUCUCAGGUCUUGGACUGUCCUUGGGUUUAAGGUCAGACAUGGAUGUAAAUAUGUUGAGUUCUCCGUUACUGGUUCAGGUUUAGGGUCCCGAGAGGCCGGCUCAGCACUACUCUGGAGGUUGCUCACUACAUGGUCUUUGUUAGUAUUAAAGGCCACUGUUUUGCA